AUGGGGCUAGCGCCCUCCACCAACGCCGCCUUCUUCCGGGGCCUGGCGCCAGGCAGCCGCGUGGAACUCUUUGAGUGGGAUCACACGCGGCGCUGGCGGCGCAUCACCAUGGACAGGCCCAAGGAGGAGAAGGCUCCGGCCCGCUUGCCGGGAGAAGGCGAGCAGCCGGACUAUUUGGAGAGAGCCCUGGGUCCGCCCACCCGCAAGGUGGAGGUCCAGGAGGAGGAGGAGCCCCUCGAGCAGGAUGGCUGGGUUCUGAUCGAGCAUCCAGAAUUUGGGCAGCUGCUGCGGGCGGUGGAUCCGCGCCUCGAAGAGGGCCCCAGCGCCAAAUCGGCGGAGGCCUUGGGGCACCCGGUGCUGCGGGAGGUGACUUCCUCCUUGCAGAUGAACACCCUCAGGAAGUACGAGGAGAACUUCGAUGCCGCCUGGGGCAUGAGGCCCAUGGAAGGCCCUGUGCGGGGUGUGAAGCCGGGCGGCAAGAGCACCAAGACCGACGACAGCCUCGCCGCGUUGAUGGCGUCGGAGGCCCGCCCAGAGCUUGAGGAGCCUUUGCUGAUGCGGGCCUGCCGGGCUGGCAACUACGAGGCAGCGCGGGCGCUGCUGUUUCGGGGCGCGGAUGCCAACGCCUGCGACGUGCUGGGGGAAACCGCGCUGGUGGAGGCCGCCUCCUCCUCACGGGCCGACCUGGUGGCAAUGCUGUUGCUCCGGAAGGCUGACCCUCUGCGUGCAUCCUCGGGGGGCUACACCUCGUUGCUGUCCAUGGCGGAGGACGCCCCCUGCCGCGCGCUGAUCCAACACUGGCAGGAGGGGUCCUCUUCGGAGCCCGAUUUGCAGGCUGCACUAUGGCAACUGGACCCUCGAGAUGCCGUGGCGGUAUGCAACCACCUUGGCGUGGAUAUGGCGCAGGAACCUCCGGCGCCGGCACCGGCCGCCGUGCCUGCCACGCCUGCCACGCCUGCCGCACCAGCCGCGCCGGUGGCUGCGCCGGUUCAGGCGCCGGAGCCAUCCGUGCCAGAGGUGCCUUCUUGCCCGCCGACACGGCACCGGGUGGUGUACAAGAAGGUUGCGGUGCGGGAGCACCCGGACACCAAGGCUAGGAGCUUGCGAACCAAGCGCCAAGGCGACCUGGUGGACAUGUUCGAGUGGGACGCGUCCCAGCGCUGGCGCCGCGUCCAGGUGCAAGCGGAAGGCGCCAAUGGCGAUCUGUGCACCAUGGAUGGAUGGAUGCUUCUGCACUCCGAAGAGAUCGGGCCCUUGCUGGAGGUGGAAGAAGAUGCUCCUGCCUCUGACAGCGACGACGACCCAGGGGCUGGCUGA